UCUCUCAUUCACAAAAAUUCCAAAACCCAGAGAGAGAGAGAGAGAAUCAUACUUCUCGCUCUCUCAGUCUCAGCAAUCAGCAAUCCCUACAAAUACAAUACAAAUUAAAAGCACUUCCAUUUCCAAAAAGCUUUUCAAUUUAACAAUGGCCGAAACCCUAAGCCCAAACCCCAAACAAAGGCUCCUCCAAUCGCCCACCAGCCCCUUCUUCCUCGGCUCCAACGACGACCACCUCGAGCGCGCCCAGGCCCGAGCCGCCCGCGCAGCCAAGGUCCGUCGCAUCUCCGUCGUCUCUCCGCCUCCACGUGGCGCCUCCGAUCCCGAUAAAUUCCUCGGCAAGCAUCAGAUCCUCGAUCUCUUCCGCAAUUGCAUCAAACUCGCCAGUGAAAAUAAAAUUAAUCAGAAGAACACUUGGGAGCUGAAUUUGAUAGACCAUUUAACAGAAGUUAUAAAGGUUGAGGAAGAAGAUGAUGCUGAGACGAACUUUCAAAAGGCAAGUUGCACUCUUGAAGCUGGAGUUAAGAUUUACUCUUUAAGGGUGGAUUCAGUGCAUUCAGAGGCAUAUAAGGUCCUUGGUGGGAUGAACAGAGCAGGUCAAGAAAAUGAACAAGAUGCUACUGAGGAUGAUGCCAAUGUUGACAUUGGACAAGAGGGAGGUCAUUCCAAGAAAGAGACAGAGAGAAAGUUGUCCCCUUUAUCAACACUGGAAUCAUCUUUCGAGGCUCUUAAUGUAAAGAAGUUUGAUGUUGCAUUUGCAGUCGAUCCACUUUAUCAUCAGACCUCUGCACAAUUUGAUGAAGGUGGAGCCAAGGGUCUUUUAAUGAAUAAUCUUGGAGUAUAUGGUGGAUGUAGGGUGCUUUUUGAUUCACUUGAAAUACCAGGGAAGUGCACAUCAUGUAAAAAUCAGCAUGAUAAAUCCGAUACAAUUGAUCUAUCUUUUGCCAAAGAAUAUGUUGAACAGAUGGUAUUGAACAUGCGAAGAGAGGAAGAAAUUUCGCCAACUCUGAGAGACAUAGUCAAUCAAUUUGAUGAAGAUAAUAGAAGGCCAUCUGAUCUCUAUUCCUCUGGCCAGAAAUCAGCAGAAAAUGUUGAUGUAGCUUAUGAACCUGAUUUUGUUGGUGAUGCAUUUGACAAUUGUGGGACCUGGAAUUAUGAUCAUGAUGACCAAGCAAGUGUGGCUGAUGAGGGCCCCAUUUAUGCGGAAUCAACUAAUCCAAGUUAUCAUGAGGAAAAUGAACCAUUUUCUUUCGAACCUAAUAUGGAUGACAGAUUUGAGAAAGUUGAUGGUUAUCUGUUCUUAAGUCUGGGAUUGACUAAACAAAAUGCUUGGGCAGGUCCUGAUCAUUGGAAGUACAAAAAAUCUAAAGGUUUAGAGGAUGAUCCUGCUGCAAAAAAUGAAUCAACAGUAAUAACCAAGCGUCCAAGAAAUAAGAAACAAGCAGAAUCUGAUGUUGAUUUCACAAAAGCAUUGGAUGAAGUCAUGCCAGAUGUCUUUGCUCCUCCCAAAAAUCCCAAGUCGUUACUACUGCCUGGAAAUAGAGCACCUUCUAAUAUAAAACUUCCUGAAGAUUGCCAUUAUCAACCAGAAGAUCUUGUGAAGUUAUUUCUUCUCCCAAAUGUAAAGUGUCUUGGGGGGAAGGGAAGAAAAUGCUCAGAUGUAUCAAGGCAACAAUGUGAUGAUUAUGGGCCUCUGCCAUCCUGGGAUGAUGAUAGUGCGUUUGGUGGCCAAUAUGAUGACGGAAAUGACCAUAGUGAUGUAGAGGACUCCAGCACACUUGUUUCUCAACCUCGCCAGGUAAAUAAAGUUGAGGUCCAGUAUGACAAAACUUCUAAGCAAGUUGAUGUCCAGGCACUGAAAGAAACUCUUUGGGACCAUAUACAAGAAUCUCCUAGUAUGUGUCCUCAGGGUCUACAAGAAGUGGCAUCAUUCAGGCAGAUCUUGGCCAGCUUUCCUACUGACUGCAAAGCUGCUGCAACUAUUAGUGAUAUCUCCCCUCAUUUGUGUUUUAUAUGCCUCUUACAUUUGGCUAACGAGCAUGGGUUGAGAAUUCAUGGCAACUCCAAUUUGGAUGAUCUCAGUAUACACCUUCCUCAUAAUGAUAUGCAAGAGGGACAGUCUAGAGCAGUAUCUUGCACAUAGUUUAUUGUACUCUGCUGUGGAAAAUGUGUAGCAAGUAUAAUGUGUUUGGGAAGUGAUGAAAGCUAAAGCUUAUUAGAGUUUUUAGCUUAUUUUUGUUAUUAUUUAUGGGUUCUGUUGUACUUUUUGAUACUA